ACCAUCUUUUGCAGACAUAUCUGCUCCGAUUUCUAUCUACAACAAAACGCACUGACAGCGAGUUUACGCACAAUCCCAGACUUUUGCAUCCCCUAUGUCAGCAAUCUAAGCUCUCUUCUGCGGGUAACGUUGCCCCAACCACCCGCUGUGUGCAUAAUCAGCGCGCAAAAACAAAAAACUAGCUCGAAAGGGGCUAUGAUGGCGGCGGACUGUGUUGGUUUCCAGGCUCAGAUCGCAUCCAUCGUGGAGAUUUUGGCUAAUUCUGCCGUGGCCGAGAUAUGUAAGCUGGUGGAGGACGGAUAUGCAGCGCUCCGGUCCCAGAUGGAGCAGGAGCGGGAGGAAAGUGAGAAGGAGAACGAUGCUCUGCGGCAAAAACUGCGCCAAAUGGACGCGAAAGUGCGCAGCUACGAGCGCAAGAUGAAGAGACGGAGCAACAACCAGCGAGAAGAAGCAAGCAUGCACGCUGUUCAUUUGAUGCCACAAGAAGUGUCUGAAGGCUUGAUUGUACCUGUUACUCUUGGAGAAGAGGACAAAUCAACACAGAUUCAACACAGUUCAGUGCUUCCCGUAAAACAAGAAAUAAUGGAUAAAGAGGACUGUAAUCUGGAUCUGAAAGUGGAACUGAACAUCAGAGCAGAGUGUGGUGAGUCCAAUGCUCUGGAAUCCAAUGAAGAAACAGCACCUGAAAAUAGCACCACUCCCCCCACUUCUCAAAUGGUACCCACUUCCACCGAUGCUACCAUAGACCUAACGUGCCGACCCAGAGCUAAGCGCAAAUCAACCAAACCUGUCGCUAAUCCUGCAAGCAUCACACCUACUCCGACUGCAGAAAGCCCUAUUAAACCAGAAAUUCAAGUCAUUGAUGAUGGAGAGGAUGACCAAGCAUCUCAACUUCCUGCUAAUUUAACUGAGGAAAAUAGCCCAGAGCGUUUGAACAAUUUGGGGAUGGAUUUAGCCUGGAUGCAAGAGCGCGUGACACAUCUGGGAGCUGCAUACGCCGUUGCUCAACUCGGACUGGGCAAUUCCGAAUCUGGCCAUGCCUCUUUCCAAUCACAAGCGAGUGGAGAUAGCUUGGAAGGCCCUCCUACAAUGAUUUUCCCAUCUUCUGCACAUGAAAUGGCUGCGUUUGCCGCUACUUUUGACCUCUCCGCUGUUGUAGCAAGCUCUCAGAACCCCCCCACGUUAACACAACCUACUCCUCCACAAGCUACACCCACAUCUGCCUCUACCAAUCAGAGGCGCUCUUAUAAGAAUUCAAAAGAACCGGCAGCAUGUAAUAUUUGCGGUAGGGUUUUUCCCAGCGCAGCAACAUUAGAGUUACAUCAACGUACUCAUUCAGGAGAACGACCAUACACCUGUCCGCAUUGUGGUAAAGGAUUCGCACAACCAAAUAAUCUACGAGUCCAUUUGCUAAUUCACACAGGUGAGAGGAGGUACAGGUGCACGCUUUGUGGUAAGAGUUUUAUUUCGUCCAGUCACUUAAAGAGGCAUCGCACGGUCCACACGCAGGAGAAGCCAUACAGCUGCUCCAGAUGUGGGCAGUCCUUCAGCCAGAUGUGCAGCGUGAGAAGGCACCGGCAGCAGUCUCAGUGCGGACUCUAGAAUGGCAAAAAACCAGCUAAAAUAAAUAUGUGCAUGAAUUAAAAUGACUUUAGCUCAGAAUGUGAGUUGCUUUGACUAGUGAUGCAAGUUGAAGGUAUAUGCAUUUUAGUGGGAAAAUAUUUAUUAAUAGUGGGAAGGUACUUGGAAGUAAUGUUAUUUCUUCCAUUUCAAAAAAUAUUUCAUAAUAAUUUAAAGUUGGAUGUAGGAUUAUGGGUUAUAAUAAAUAACUUAUUGAAACUGAAAUUAUUUUGAAUAACCUGCUUAUAAUGCAGUUUGAUGUAUUCUCAGAUUUGAAUGGGUCUAUUUUUUUUUUAUAUUAUUGCCUUCUAAUUAAGUUACCCCAUAGGUGAUUAGCCCUAGCCAUGCCUUUAAACUCCUAUAUAUAUAUUUUUUUUUAUCUGUUAGGAAAAUUGAGUUUUUAUCUGAAGAAAAUGUUUCUGCAAAUUGGGUUGAAAACUAAAUUAUAGUAAGUUAAAUUCAAAUGUAAACUUGGCCAAACCAACAAACCAAAUAAAGAUUCUGUCAACUCAAGUCAUUUUAAUUCAGGUACAUAUUCUUAAACAGUUGAAAAUGACAAUGAAAAUUCCCAUUGCCAGUGAAAGCUCCAGUGCAUUGAUGUAAGCAUGAACUCUGUGCUGUUCUGUGUUCUGUGUCUUUAAUAUCACAGUGUUAUAUUUGCAUUAAGUGGUUUGUCUCAGUCUUGCCAAUCUAAGCCUUCAAUCAGAACAAGUCAUCUUGGCAACAUUUUGAGAACUUUAUACCAUUCAAAAGAUGUUUUGUUUUGUUUUGAAUUGUUAAUUGCUAUGACAGUAGUCCUAAUAUUUCAUACUAACACACCCCCUUACAUCAUUAACAUAUGUAAGGGAUGUGUGGAGAGGGGUUUGCUUCUAGGCUGUGGGUAGAUUCUUGGUUUUAUAUUGACAUAUUCUUGACCAGCCCAAGUUUGGUGGUACAGUGGUGGUGAUUGGUUAACCUUAGAGCCAAAAGGUCUUUGGUUUAGUUCCCAGACUGCGCACUUUAUAUUUGGAGUUUGUAUGUUCUCCCUUCACCAGUUCUCCCAUCAUACCAACAUAAAUCAUGCACUGUAAUUUCUCUCUUUUCUGAAUCAAAUCCAUGUCAAUGCAAUAAUCCAAGAUUAUGUACUAUACUGUACACUGAUGAACAUUUCUUGAGAUGUUCUAGAUUUAGCUUCAGGACUGUUUUUUGUCUCUAGUCCCUGAACUGAUGUUACAGUGUUGGCCACUGUAUACGGGUCAUGUUUUUGUUAUUCAAUAUUCUUUUUGUUAUUCAAUAUUCUUUUUUAAUGUGAAACAGGAACCAGCUCAAUAUAAAAAUAUCAGUAUUUUCACAUCCAUAUACCUCUACAUGUAGCCAUAUCAUUGUGAAAAUACUCUGAAGAUAAGCAGGGCAGGGCCUGAUUAAAACUUGGAAAAAGAUCCCAGGUGUCACAGUAGGGCAGCAGUGACUUUAUUACUGUUAUUACGUCCUUGAGCAAGACACUUUGCACACUUUGUCCAUGCACACUCGAAUGAGAAUGAAUGUGAGACAAUUGAUGGAAUUUGCCCCAUGGCUGAAAUCGGUCAUGUUUACAGGAUGUAUAUGAUAUUUGUUAAUUAACAUACACUGUUCUGACCCAUUCAACACAUUGUAAUAAAUGGAGCCAGCGACCUUCUUGCUGUGAGGUAAACGUGCUAUCUACCCAUAGAACACACUAGCUUUGUGUCUUGUUUGACAAAUUGCACAGCCAGAGAUCCUUGUUCUGAUCAAAUUAAAUUGGCUCGACUCCUUUUUGUUUUGUUUCUCCUAUGUGGAGAAGUUUGAGUGCCUGAAGCUUUGAAAUGCGGUUCCUUGUGGUGCUAUAAAAGUGAAUUAAGACUUAAUUAUAUAAGGCCUGACUUGUAUAACUGGUUCACAAACUAAAACCAAUCAUACUUUUAUAUUUGCCUUACCGUUCUGAGCUCUAAAAUCUGUUCCACAUGUUCAUUAAAACACUAUAGUUUUUUCAAAUGUUUACAGUCGUUUCCACUAAAAUGUUCAACACUACUCAUUUAAAUGAAUCAUAUGUACAAUUUGCAUUUUAUAUUCCACAGCCAUGACCCAGCUGUGUCCCCAGAUACGAGAUCUGUUUCAGAUCUAGUUUUUAAUAGAAACAUGUCUAAUAUUGAUCUGUUUUGAAUUACAAAAAGAUUGGACAUGAUGGCCAAAUUGUUUAUAAUAUAUUGUGUUUUGGUUUUCAGGAUAAUUAUACUAUCAGAAAGCAGAAUAACUCACAUGAAUCACUCACUUGUCACUUUGUGACAUAUGUCUGUGAAAAGCACUAUAUAAAUAAAGACUUACUUACUUGGGUUGCCAGGUUUAAUCCUGAAAUUCAGUUGGUUUAAACCUAAAAUGCCUCUCUGAUUUGAAUGGUCACUACCUAAACCCCAGAACCUGCAAAUGAUGACUCAGUGCUAAUGAAGCCUCUGCAGCUCAGUGAGGGAACUCUGGAGAUUCUGAGCUUUCACAUGAGCUAUGGCCCGUCCAUAUACUGAGACUUGUAUGUAUCUGCAGGCUAAUGCACUGGCAACCCAGUACGUUUUUAAAAGUCAUUCAGCACAGGCUAUUAUAAAUUAUUUCAUAAAUAUUUAUUGGACAUAAUCGGUUCUCUGCCAAUUAAGUAACAAACAAUAAGUAUGUUCUUUGGUCAUAUAUUAGCUCAUUUUAAUUCACAAUAUUUAUCUUAUCUAUUUUAUGUGUUUUAAUAUUUCUGACUGACUACAGUAUUUUUUUUUUUUACAAGACAUCUUGCUUUUUUUUUUUUUUAAACUAAUUGAGAGUAAUAACAAUUCUCAGCCAAUUCAUUUAAAAAGCAGCAUUUAUAUUAACUUUGCCUGAAAUUGAAAUGGCAUUCAACUUUAUUCUGUUACACUUGUUUUUAUUACUACAAGAAUACCUUGACAACGUCUAUUCUUACUGUGAGCGGCAUUACCUCUCCAUGGCUCUGACCUGUAAGUCUGUCUCCAUGGAGAUAAAUAAGUUUUAUUUCAUACUAUUGUGGCAUGGAGCAUUACAGGCAAAGUAAUAACAUCUCCAUGAAGACAAGCAGGUAGCAGUCCCUCCACCUGAAAAACUUCAUUGUUCCCCUUUAAAAUAAGCACUUUUGACUGACUACAUUAUAUUUUGAUCAAUAUACCAACAAAAAAAUAAAAUAAAUAAAUAAAUAAAGUCAGUUGAUGUCAUAAGCUUCCUGAAUCACUUUACAAAUCUGAAUGCAUUGUUUUAAGUACAUUGAAGUUCAUUGUUUCAUUUGUGUUUAAAACUGUAAAAAAUGUACAAAUAAUAUUUUGUGUGGUGUCUUGUUUUGGAUGUUGACCUCUUGAGCUGCUCUCAUAAAACAAUUGCCUUUUGAAAUGUCUGUGUGAAAAGUUGUACAAUAUUCAUUAAAUGUACAAAAUGUUUGCAAUGAGCUAGUUUUUUUUUUUUUUUUUUUUUUUUUGCAUUUAAUAAUAUGGCUUCAGUGUUAUAUGAUGCUUUUUCACUAUACUGACACAUUCAUGCAGGUAAAUGGAUGAAGUUCUAAGACACUAUGCAUUGCUACUGCUGGAAAUUUAAAUUUGAGAGUGGGGCUAUUUGCUUCAGUUCUGCAAAAGAUACAGAACAUUUGUUUUAUUAUUUAACAACAAAAUAUGACAAAAAUCAGGAUCCAGCCAGAUCUUAACUGGGUCUAAACUGAUCCAGUACAAACCAGGAUCAGAACUGAAAUCAGGCCUAAAACCCAGUCCAAACUAGUACUAAAAACAACCUUGCACAGACUAAACAGGGACUAAACCAGGUCCAAACAAGGUAUAGACCAUAACUACACCAGAACUAAACCAAAUCAAGAUUAAACCAGGACUAAAACUGGACAAAACCAGGUCCUGACAAGGUAUAGACCGGGACUACACCCAAACUAAACCAAGUUUUGAAUAAGGAUUCAAGAAACUAGGUCUAAAACAGGACUAAACCAUAUCCAAAUGUAAACUAAACCAGAUCCUAACCAGGUCUUAACCAGGACCUAAAAGUUAUGCUCUUUUCCCACCAAAACAAAAUAUGGAGAUGUGUCCCAACUUCCGUUUUCAAUAAAUCAAGAGA